AUGCAAGAAGCCAAUUACAACCACCACUCCGCCACCGGCACUGCGACUGGUUUUCUCGCCGUCAACGGUGGUGGGCCAUCUUCCAAACGCUUAAACAAGCCCCAGUUACCCCCACUCACAGUCCCACCAGGACACGUUUGCUUCCGACUCCUCUGCCACGCGUCUCGGGUGGGCGGAAUCAUCGGCAAGGCCGGCUCAAUCAUCCGGCAACUCCAGCAAGAAACCUCCGCUAAGAUCCGAGUCGAAGACUCGCUCCCCAACUCGGAUGACCACCGAGUCAUUGUUAUUAUAGGCAGGACAUCACUUGUUAGGAGAAUUAGUUUCAAUGCCAACAGGGAAGGAGACAGUGCUAGUGGUGGUUGUGAUUGUGAUGAUGGUGAUGACGAAGUGUUUGUUUCAGCAGCGCAGGAGGCGGUGGUCAGGGUGUUUGGGAGGGUGAUAGAGGUGGCGGCGGAGAGCUGCGGUGAUGGGUUCGCAGCGAGUGGGGGACUGGUGUCGUGUAGGCUGCUGGCGGAGACGAGUCAAGUUGGGGCAGUGAUAGGGAAGGGCGGGAAAGUGGUUGAGAAGAUUAGGAAGGAUACUGGUUGUAAAAUCAAAGUUUUGACUUCGGAAAAGUUACUGACAGAUGAAAUGGUUGAGGUAAUUGAAUCCUGGCUGUAG